AUGAAAUUAGUUAAUAGUAGAAAAUUGAUUAUAUAGGAGUAGGAAUAAGAAUCUGAUAAAUAACGAUAGAUAGGAGAUUAUCUUUUAGGUUGGUGUUUAGGUUUACAGUAGUUAAAACUCUUGGAUUGGGUACAUUUGGUUUAGUCAAAUUGGCAAUUCAUUAAAUAACUUAAGAGAAGGUGGCAAUAAAAAUUUUGGAGAAAUCAAAGAUAAUAGAUGUAGCUGAUGUUGAAAGAGUAACUAGAGAAAUACAUAUUUUGAAAUUGAUUAGACAUAUACAUGUAAUUCAAUUAUAUGAAGUAUUAAAUCAAUAUAUAUAAUUAAAGAUAAUUGAAACAAAGAAAUAUAUAUUUUUGGUUAUGGAAUUUUGUGAUGGAGGUGAAUUAUUUGAUUAUAUAGUAAAGCAUUAAAAGUAAUAUUUUAAUAUAUAAUAAAGGCUAUCUGAAAUUGAAGCAUGUAAAUUUAUUUAAGAGUUAAUAUCUGGAAUUGAAUAUAUACAUAAAUUAAAUAUAGUCCAUAGAGAUUUGAAACCAGAAAAUUUGUUAUUAGACUAUUAAAAGAGUUUAAAAAUUGUAGAUUUUGGCUUAAGUAAUACAUAUAAAUAAGGAGAAUAAUUAAAGACAGCAUGUGGUAGUCCAUGUUAUGCAGCACCUGAAAUGAUACAAGGGAAUAAAUAUAAUUCUUUAUUAGUUGAUAUAUGGUCAUGUGGAGUAAUUUUAUUUGCAUCAAUUUGCGGUUAUUUACCAUUUGAGGAUGUGAAUACUUCAGCUUUAUACAAAAAAAUAUUACAUGGAGAAUAUUAAAUUCCUAAUUUUGUGUCACCAGAAGGCACACAUUUUUUGAAGGGAAUUUUGAAUAUUAAUCCUGAAAGAAGAUUUAAUUUAGAGUAAAUAAAAUCACAUCCAUGGUUUAAAUUAUUUAGGAGAUCACAUUCUAUUCCUUAAGGAAUUAUUAUUGGAUAUCAUAGAAUACCAAUUGAUAAUAAUAUUGUACAAUAAUUGAAAGAAUUAGGAUUUAAUGAAGAUUAUGCAAAAAUAUGUUUAGAUGCAAAUAAAUAAAAUAAUGUGACAACUUCAUAUUUUUUAUUGAUGAAAAGACAUUUAAUGAAUGGAGGAAUAUCAACAGCUGAUAUUAAUUCUGUUUAUUUUGAUUAAAAAUUAUUGGAUCCAAUUCAAAGAGUUUAAAAGGGUAAACAAUUAAAUAUAUUAUUAUAUAGCUUAAAUUCCAUAAUUUAUAGAUGAAUCUAUGCUCUAAUCUUUGAAUACUACUUAAAGAUCUUAAUCUAAUCAAAAUCGUAAAAAUAAGAAAAUGUAUACAUAAUAAAAUAGAGGACAUUAUUAUUUAUAAGAUGAAAAAUUCAAUAAAUUAAUUUAAUUAAAAUAAUCAUACCGUCAAGAUAGUUUGGACUCAGAUUAAGAAUAUAAUAAAUCAUUAUCCUAGAAUGUGACAUCAAAUGUAAAAAAAUAAAAAGUUAGAACUGAAUCAAAUUAUAAUACAGAUUCGUUUUUAAAUUAGACUACAAUGUUUGCUACUAAAAGGUAAUCGAUUUCCCCUGCUAAUGCCAAUCUUAUAUUGUAAUACAUUAGUAAUUAUUAACUCUAUAUCAGAACAAUAAAAAAAAUUAACUCCCACUUCCAAUAGAAAUUCAAAUCAACAAAAAAAAAAUAUAUUCUCUUUGAAUUACUAAAGAAACGUUUAGACAAUUUACGAUCAUGAGGCCUUAAAGAUUAUUAAUUCAAAUAAAUAAUAAAUUUAAGAUUAAAAGAGAAGUUUAAAUUAUUAAUGGAUGCCAUAAACAUAAACAAAUUCUUAUUAAUUAUAAUUACAAUUAAAUUCUAGAAAAGGAUCUAGAGAUUUAAGUGCACCUCAUUCUACUAAAAGUUCAAACAAUCCAAAAAGUAAGUCAAUUAAUUUGUAAUUUUGA